AUGUGGUCUCAUCUGCAGCAUCUGGAAAGUGAACUUAUCCCUCUAUGUGAUGUUGAUGUUGGUUUGUUGAUAGGCUACAACUGCCCGCGUGCACUCACACCAAGGGAAGUAGUUCCUCCAGUCAAUGACAACGAUCCCUAUGGACAAAAAACAGACUUGGGUUGGGGAAUAGUUGGAACUGUUUAUCAUAAGGAUGUUGACCACUGUGGAGUGGUUGGAUUCAGUCAUCGCGUGAUGACAUCUGUCGUUCCAUGUGCGUUACAGUCUGAACCAGAGAAAACCAAGAGAGUGUGUGUAUCUUACAAGACUUCAAUCAAGGAAGUACCGGUAUAUCCAGCCGAUGUAUCCAAGAUGAUGGAAAUGGAUUUCAAUGACAGAAAGUGUUCAGGUGAUCCAUUGUCAUUAGAUGACCAGGAAUUUCUGUCAAUGAUGGAGAACGGCAUACAUCAAGGACCUGAUGGACAUUAUGAAAUGCCUUUGCCGUUCAAGGGAUCAGAUCCCAUCUUACCAAACAAUAGAACUGUUGCUUUAAAUAGACUCCAGCAGCUGAAGCGACGUUUUGUGAGAGACCAACAUUUCCAGAGUGAUUACAAGAGUUUCAUGGACAAACUUCUUAAGAAUCACCAUGCUGAACAAGUGCCAGUGUAUGAUGUGAGAAAUGAGUCAAGAAGUUCUUGGUACAUACCUCACCAUGGGGUGUACCACCCCAAGAAAAGGGACAAAAUACGUGUAGUGUUUGACUGUAGUGCCCAGCAUCAUAGCAUAUCACUCAAUGAUCAUCUUCUGAAGGGACCAGAAAUGACAAACACAUUGAUAGGUGUGCUCUGUAGAUUCCGCAAAGAACCUAUUGCGGUGCAAUGUGACAUUGAACAAAUGUUUUACCAAUUCAACGUGGUAGAAAAACACAGAGAUUAUCUUAGAUUCUUGUGGUUUGACAACAAUGACAUUAACUCUGAGCCCAUAGAUUACAGAAUGACUGUGCACCUGUUUGGGGCAGCAUCAUCCCCAGGAUGUGCCAACUAUGGACUAAAACAAGUGUCGAAGGAUUACGAGGACCAGUAUGGUUCAGAUGCAGCUAAGUUUGUGCGUGAGAAUUUCUACGUCGAUGACGGCUUGACUUCCGUAUCCACAGUGGAAGAAGCUGUUCAGCUCAUACAGAAGAGCAAACAGAUGUGCAGUGAGGGUGGAAUAAGACUCCACAAAUUCAUAUCGAAUUCAAGAGAUGUAUUAGCAGCAAUCCCGGAGGAAGACUGUGCGAAGGAGGUAAAGGGAAUUGACCUCAUGAAAGAUCCUUUACCGCUCGAACGAGCCCUCGGUGUGAACUGGUGUAUAGAAUCCGACACUUUCCAGUUCCGCAUCACACUCAAGGAUCAGCCUCUCAUCAGACGAAGUGUGCUAUCAACCAUUAACUCCAUCUACGAUCCACUGGGCUUCAUCGCUCCUGUAGUGUUAACAGGCAAACAGGUUUUGCAAGCUGCUUGCAAGGAUCAGCUGGAUUGGGACAGUCCCUUACCAGACAAUCUAAGAUCUCAGUGGGAGAAAUGGAGGUCUGAACUUUUCUAUCUAGAGGAAUUAGCAAUUCCAAGAUGUUUCAAACCUGAACACUUUGGUGAAGUCAAGUCGCAGGAACUUCAUCAUUUUGCUGAUGCGAGCAUGUUAGGCUACGGUCAGUGUACUUACCUCAGGAGUACAGACAUUAAUGGCAAUGUGUGCUGUGCCUUCGUUAUUGGGAAGGCAAGAGUGUGUCCCCUGAAACCAGUCACGAUACCGCGACUUGAACUAACAGCCGCUGUUAUUUCCGUACGCAUCAGUCAGUUUCUUCAAAGGGAACUGCACUGUGAGAAGUUAAGAGAGGUGUUUUGGUCUGAUAGCCAGGCAGUGUUGGGCUACAUAUCAAAUGACUCAGUUCGCUAUCAUGUGUUUGUGGGCAAUCGUGUUCAACAAAUCAGAGAACAUACAACACCAGAUCAGUGGAGACAUGUCAAAGGUGUGGACAAUCCUGCAGACGAAGCUUCGCGAGGUGUUAGUGCUCAGAACUUGGCCACAUCAACUUGGCUCAGUGGUCCAAGAUUCCUGUGUGAUCCCAAUUUCGACAUUGAUAAUCAGGAAUGUGAACGUUUUGAGGUAUCUCUGGAUGAUUCAGAGAUAAAGCGGGUGAAAACCCUCGCUUCUAGUGUUCGAACAACGUUCGAAUUGGAGAACGCUGAACUUGAGAUUCUUAAACAUGUGCAAUCUGAGUGCUUCUCAGGUGAACUGAAGGUUUUGAAGUCGAACAUCCGAGAUUGUAUCGACGGAAAGUGCUUUGACAACAGUCGACAAAGUGAAGUUAAUCGUAAAUGGACCCUGAAACAAGUUAAGGGAACAAGUCCAUUGUUCAAGCUUGACCCGUUUGUAGACUCCAAUGGUCUUCUUCGUGUUGGAGGAAGAGUGCAGUUGAGUGAACUCUCGGACAAUUUGAAACAUCCAAUCAUUCUACCCAAGCGUCAUCAUAUCACAACCCUCAUUAUCGGACAUUAUCAUGAGGAGGCAGCACAUCAGGGACGUGGACUCACAGCAAAUGCCAUACGUGCUCAUGGCUUUUGGAUAAUCGGUUGUUCAUCAUCAGUGAGGUAUCAUAUCGCCAAGUGUGUGAUAUGUAGGAAACAGCGUGGUUCAGUUCAGGAACAGAAAAUGUCGAACUUGCCGACUGAAAGAAUGUCAGAGGCUCCUCCAUUCACCUAUUGCGGCAUGGACAUGUUUGGGCCAUUUUACGUGAAAGAAGGAAGAAAGGAACUAAAGCGUUAUGGCGCUUUGUUUACCUGUUUAGUGUGUAGGGCUGUACACAUUGAGGUUACCCACACAUUGUCUACGGAUUCAUUCAUAAAUGCGUUGAGGAGGUUCAUCUCUGUGAGAGGACCUGUUCGCCAGUUGAGAUGUGAUCAGGGUACUAACUUUGUGGGAGCUCAAGGAGAAUUAUAUGAUCCUGAUUCUGUGAAGAACUUCAUGUUGAGCAAAAACUGUGACUUUGUGUCAUUUGUCAUGAAUCCACCCAGUGCUAGUCACAUGGGGGGAGCAUGGGAACGACAGAUUCGUUCAAUCAGAAGUGUACUCUCUAACCUCAUGUCACAAGUCGGAAAGCAACUGGAUGACGAAGGUUUACGAACCUUAAUGGCUGAAGUAAUGGCGAUAGUGAACAGUCGGCCAUUUACAGUAGACACUUUGUUUGAUCCAAACUCAUCAGAACCGCUGACACCAAAUCAUCUUCUCACCACUAAAUCAAACAUUGUUUUACCGCCUCCCGGCAAGUUUCAGAAAGAGGACAUGUAUUCUCGCAAGCAAUGGAGACGUGUUCAGCACUGUGUCAAUGAAUUUUGGCACAGGUGGAGAAGAGAGUUUGUGCAAAACCUGCAAGUACGUCAGAAGUGGUUACGACCAUGUAGAACUUUGAAAGCUGGUGACGUUGUGUUAAUCAUGGAUGAUAAUCUACCUCGUAAUCAGUGGAAGAUCGCACGUGUUUGCGAAACUUACACUGGUAAGGACAAUCUAGUACUUAGAGUGAAGGUGGCUGUCGGGAACAGAAACCUGACAGUGAAUGGUAAGAGACUUGGACCUGUAUCUUACUUGGAGAGACCAAUUCACAAAUUGGUUUUACUGGUGGAGAAGGACGAGCAGAAUGAACUAUGA